AUGCACUUCCACGAAGAAGAGAAUGUUGGCCCUCAGACUGUUCCGGUCCGGAUUAUCCUUGAGAAUCCGGAGGAACUCAACGAGGACGGCUCUGACAAAGCGGAGCAUGAGUUGAUGGCGGCGAAGGGUGAGCACCUGCUGAAUCUGGCGCUGCGCAACCACAUCAACAUCGAGCAUUCCUGCGGCGGGGUCUGCGCGUGCUCGACCUGUCACGUGUAUGUCGAGCAGGGGAUGGACUCGCUGACUGAAGCGGAAGAGGAAGAGGAUGAUCGCGUCGAGGAAGCGCCUGGACUGCAGAUCAACUCGCGUCUUGCGUGUCAGUGCGAGAUCGAGGGUGAGGGCCCGAUCGUGGUGCGUGUCCCGGCGUGGAACCGCAACGCGAUCAAGGAAAUCACCGCGAUCGCUUUGCUUGCGAUGCUGUUUGCUGUCCCGUGUGCCGCGUCUGCUGAUGCGGGUGAUGAGGGAAAGAAGAAGCACAACUGGAUCAUGAAUCCUGUGUGGGCGUUUAUGCGUGUCGAGGUUCCUAAGCCUGAGCACCUUGAUGGCGCGAAGGGGUUUGGUUUGGUCAUCACCAACUCGGACUUUGACGAUCCGGGAGAGGGCUUCGCGUGGGAUGAACCGAACCAUCCCAACGCGAUCGGGGUCGGUUUUGAUGUGCACAAUCCGCCUCCGACGGAGAUCGAGCCGGAUGAGAACGGGCGCGUGAUGGGGUGGUUCGAUGAGUUCGGCAACUGGUACGAUCGUCCGCAGCGGGAGGUGUCUGUGCAUGUGGAUGGUCAGGAGCGGAUCAAUGUGCUGUCUCCUGUGGAGUUCCGGACUGGUGAGCAGGUCGAUAUCGCGGUCCAGCUCAACUACGUCACGGGCGGGGCGCACAUCGUCGUACUGAUCAACGGCGAGGUGGUGAUCGACGACAUGCUCUGGGGGGUGCGUGCCGGGUUGUGCUCGCUGACGAGCGGGACGAUCGGGGAUUCGAUCAAGAUCAAGUCCGCGCGGAUCAUGGAUCACGAGUUCAAGAAGGGGGACUAUCAGGAGCCAGUGCGUGUGUCGGUGUUUGAGAAGGAACUGCUGACCAACGCGGCUUGGCUCAAGUCGGAUGUUGAUUUUUCAGAAAUCCCAGAGAGUGUCGGGCGCGUGAUCGCGACGCUGACGCUGAGUGAGCCGGAGGUGGGGUACGACCACUGGGACAAGAAGGGGACGAUCGGGAUACGAGUACCUUCAGAGGGUGAAGAGGAAGCGGAGCGGUUUGAGGUGUUCCGGUUUAUUACGCCGUAUCGGAGGGGGUGGACGUGGUAUAUGGAUGUGACGGACUUGCUGCCGUUGUUUGAGGAUGCUCGCGAGUUUGAUGCGCACAUCGGGACGUACAUGAAGGGUUGGCUGGUGAGCUUUGAUCUGGAUUUCUAUCCUGGGGAGCUUGAGCUUGAGCCCAUCAAGGUUGUGAACCUGUGGAACGGGAACGCGGAUAUUGGUGAUCCUGAGAAACCAGUCGAAGAUUUUUAUGUCGAUCGUGUGGUCGAGGUUCCGGAGGGCACCACGCACGCACGCGUUCGCGCGACGGUCACCGGGCACGGCAUGUUCCCCAACUCCAAGAACGCGGGGGAGUUCAUGCCGAUCUGGAGAACCCUGACGAUCAGCAGUGAGGCGAACGAGGGUGAUGUGCUUGAGCAGGACUUCAUCAGUAAGUCUGAGCGGAAUCAUCUGUGGAAGACGGAUGUGUAUCUGAAUCCGUGCCGUCCUCAGGGGGGGACGUGGAAGUUCGAUCGUGCGGGAUGGGCUCCGGGGGAUAAGGUGGAAGCUUGGAAAGUGGAUGUGCAAUCCGAGUUCAUGUUCGGCGAGACGAUUACGAUUGAGUACGAUCUCGACGAGUACCUCAACGAGGGGCGAGGCGAGACCUGGGGGUACGUCGCGCGCUCCGCGUACAAGCUGCUGGAGAUUCAGCAGCGGCGAAAGCUCAUCCGCAAGGGGGAUCGCGUGCUCGAUCUGGGGUGCGCGCCGGGAUCGUGGAUGCAGGUCGCGGAGAAGCUUGUGGGUCCGGAUGGAUUGGUGGUGGGGAUUGAUCUGCAAAGAGUCUCAACGCCGUUUGGUGAGAACGUGCGGAUCGUGCAGGGUGACUUUACGAAGGUGGACAUCGCGGAGCUGCUGCCUCCCAAGGUGAUGCAGCAGAAGAAGGUGUUUGAUAAACCUGAUAAUGAGCAGCCGGAACCUGAGCUGGUGCAGCCGUUGUUCGAUGUGGUGAUGUCGGACAUGGCGCCCUCGACGACAGGGCACGGCGACCACUUCUUCUCUGAGCGUUUGUGUCAGGUGAUCGUGGACGAGCUCCCGAACCUGCUCAAGAAGAACGGCAACUGCACGAUGAAGGUGCUUGAGGGCGAGACGUUCCCCGAUCUCCUGAAUCGCGUGAAAAAAGCGUUCCGCACGGCGGGGGCGAUCAAACCCGACGCGUGCCGAGACGUGUCGCGGACCGAAGGGGCUGCAAGCGCCGCCGGGUUGGGGCGAGUGAGUUUUUUAGCGCCCAUCGCGGGACUGAUCGCGGGCGGGAUCGGCUCGACGCUCGUGGUCCUGUUCUGGAUGCUCAAGCUCCGCAGACGUCCGGUGCGUGUGUCCUCGACGCUGCUGUGGAAGAAAUCGGUGCGUGAUCUUGAAGGGAACAUCCCCUGGCAGCGCGUGCGUCCCUCGUUCUUGCUGUUUCUGCAGCUGCUUGCGGUGCUGCUGCUGUCUCUUGCGAUCGCGCGUCCUGUGCGCGAUGCGGGGUUGGUGGUGAGCAGCGAGGUGAUUGUUGUGAUAGAUGCGGGUGCUUCGAUGGGGGCGAUCGGGGAUCUGGAUGGUUCGACGCGUCUGGACAUCGCGAAGCGUGAUGCGAGUGGACUUGUUCGACAGCUUGGGGGCCGAUCAUCAUCUACGCGAUUUCGAGUGGUGAGAGCCGGAUCGCAAGCUCGGCUCGUGAGCGGACGCGCUGGGACCUGGCGACAAGCGAUCGCGGCGAUCAACAGCAUCGAACAGUCCGAAGCGCCGUCUAAUCUUGUCAGCGCGAUGGAGCUGGUCGAUUCGAUGCAGUCUGACGACAUCAGCCAUGAAGAUACUUCAACUGAGAGCGCCUCAGUGUAUGUGUUCAGCGAUGACCAAGAGAUUGCUUGGGCGGGUGCGGAGCUUCGUGUUCCGAUUUCAGACAAUCCUGAAACGCUCGGGAAUCUCGGAUUGGUGGUGCUCUCGGCGCAGCGGGAUCAAGCGGAUCCCGAUAUCUGUCGAGUGUUCGUGACGAUCGCCGGGAUGAUUGGUGUGAAGACUGGGGUGGUCGUGCAGGCGCGUGAUGGGGAAGCCGUGCUCGCGAGUCGGGCGAUGGAGCUUGUUCCGGAUGAGUGGGGAGUCGCGGAGUCCACGGCGACGCUCGUGUUUGACCUCGAUCGAGCAUCGAUGAUUGAGGUGGGGUUUGCACGCAACGACGCGCUGUCGAGUGAUCAGAUCGGAUGGGUGUCGCUCCCUGAUCCAUCCCCGAUCGUGACGACGGUGAUCGCUCCUGAUGGGAUCGCGGAUCCGCUGCUGGUUGAUGUGCUUGGUGCGUCGACUGGUGGUCGAGUGGAUGUCGUCGCGUCUGGGGACUCGGUGUCUGGAAUGACUGGGUUGAUGGUGUAUGACCGGAUCGAACGGGACGCGUUGGUGCAGAUUUCUUCGAUCGCGUUUGUUCAAUCCGAGGAGCAGCGAGCAACUCUUGAUCGUGUGCUGAGCUGGGAGCGUGGGCAUCCGGCGAUGCGUGAUGUGGAUCUUGGUUCGCUCAGAUAUAUCGGAGUUGAUGGACUCGAAGGGGAUGUGCUCGCGACGGGAACUCGCGGGGCGCUGAUCACGGAAUCUGCCGAUCGUGGUGUCCGUCAUCUGCAGAUCGGGUUCGCGCUCGAGGAUUCGAACUGGGGCGUGCAGAUCUCGAUGCCAAUGUUCAUGUCCAACACGAUUGCGUAUUUGCUUCCUGGAACGAGCGGCUCAGGUGGGGGUGACGGAAGUCGAUGGUGA